AAUAAAUAUUCCGCCAUUAAAGAAAAGAAGAAGAGAAAGCGUUUCUUGGUUCGUUUGUUGUAGAAACUGAGAGAGGCUGUGGCUGUAGUAAUUGAAUCUUCUCUAAGAAGCCUUCAAAAUUCUUCCAAAAGAAAAUCCAGUACAUUGAUUAGAGAUUUUAAUCCUUUUUUUUUUAUUUUUAAUUUUAUUGUUUGAAGAUUCUGUGAUCUUUUCUCUGUUUGCGUCUCUUUGAAGGUAAUCGAUCUCGCGGUCUGGGAGUUUUUUUCGUUUUUGAUCUUUCUUUUUUGCAGGUCUCCGCCAUUAAUUUAGAGAGCUUGCUGCUGCUGCUGCUCUAAUGGCGGAGGAGAAUAUGCACAGGGAUUUGAGGAUGAGGAUGAGGAGUUUUGUUGUGAUUUUAUGGUGUUUGGUGCAAUGCUGCUGGUUUUCGGAUGCGAUUUUGGAUCCGAUUGAUUUUUUGGCUCUGCAAUCGAUACGGAAGGGUUUGGAGGAUUUGCCUGGCUCUAAUUUCUUCGCGUCUUGGGAUUUCACGGGUGAUCCUUGUAAUUUCGCUGGUGUUUUCUGUGAUUCUUAUAAAGUUGUUGCCCUAAACCUAGGGGAUCCGCGUGCUGGUUCGCCUGGUCUGGUUGGCCGGAUUGAUUCUGGCAUUGGUAAGCUCUCAGCACUCACGGAGUUCACCAUUGUUCCUGGUCGAGUCUUUGGAGCUUUGCCGCAGUCUCUCUUCCAACUGAAGAAUCUUUGUUUUCUAGCUAUCAGCCGGAACUUCAUCGCUGGUACUCUUCCGGCGAAUCUCGGUGAGCUUCGGAGCUUGAGGACAUUGGACCUCAGUUACAAUCAACUCACUGGAGAAAUUCCUCGCUCCAUCGGAACGAUUACGGAGUUAUCCAAUGUCAUCCUCUGCCAUAAUCGUCUCACAGGUUCAGUUCCUAUGUUUCCAUUCCGUAGCCUUAAUCGUCUUGAUCUGAAGCACAAUAAUCUUACCGGACCUCUUAGCCCUGACUCUCUUCCUCCGUCUCUCCAAUACCUCUCUCUCUCAUGGAACCGCCUCAACGGUCCUGUCUUCCGCCUUCUCAGCCGCCUUAACCAGUUGAACUACCUCGACCUCAGCCUGAACCAGUUCACCGGAACGAUUCCAACUUGCAUCUUCAGUUUCCCGAUUGUCAACCUCCAGUUGCAACGGAACUUCUUUACCGGUCCGAUCCUACCGGUUGAUCAGGUGGUGAUCCCGACCGUCGAUCUCAGCUACAACCGUCUCUCGGGUCCGGUUUCUCCAAUGUUCUCCACCGUGCAGAAUCUGUACCUGAACAACAACCGCUUCACCGGCGAAGUUCCAAACAGCCUUGUGGAUCGAUUGUUAGCUGCGAAUAUUCAAACUCUGUAUUUGCAGCACAAUUUUCUGACCGGAAUCGCGAUCAAUCCGACGGCGGAGAUUCCUCUAAGUAGCUCAUUGUGUUUGCAGUACAACUGUAUGGUGCCGCCGAUACAGACGCCGUGCCCGGAGAAGGCCGGCAACCAGAAGACGAGGCCGAUGGAGCAGUGCGGCGAGUGGAGAGGGUGAAAUGUGGAAAUUCACAUAGAUCAGGGGCAUAAGUGAAAGAAAGUAAUUAAAAGUGAAAAAAAGGAAAAUGAUUUUUUAAUUUAAUUUAAUUUUUUAAAUAUAGUUUUGGAUAAUUAAUUGAUCAAUAUAUACAAAACGGGGGGAAUGUUAUUAUUUAAAAUAUUCGUUUAUUUGUUUUGUGUUUAGUAUUUUGGGGAUAAAAAAAUAUGAAUACUCUUAUUUAUGUAAUUGCUUUGGGGGAAACCUCUGGAUGUUUCUUCAAUAAUAUGUACAAGCUUGGUUAUCUCACUCCCUUGAUAACAA